UAACGCCGGUUGUCUGUGGACGCGCAUGCGGAGCGCUCGAGCGGUUCGCGUCCCGUUGUACUACAGAGAUAUGAGAAUUAAUUAAUUUAUCAUCACUGACGCGGAUUGAAAGUGUUUAACUGCGUCUAGAUGAAGAGGUGAGUAAUGACUGCAGUCGCUCAUGAACGUCUUUGAAUUAUUCGAGAUGGACGGAGGAGACUCGCUCGCUCUGUCAAUGAGAAGCAAACUGAGUGGAGAUCCAGGGAAAGUGGGCGGAGUUUGUAUGGAGAAUGAAGACUCCUCCUCGUGUGGUAGCCACACCCCUGAUGAUGAGCGUCUGGAGGAUGUGCUGUCUGAGCUUCGUGCAGGGGCGGAGCUUAAUCUCGAUCUGAAUGUGAGGGCAGAACCCGAGCAGAUCUUAGACCUGCAGGGGGAGGAGCUUAGCUGGGACACAAAUCGUCAAGAUGUAAAUGAAGCGGAAGACCAAAGUAACGCCAGCCACAGUACAGCCAGUCCUGAACCGAACACAGCAUCUGCAGGUGAUGAUGAUGUUACAAAAGAUCUUUCAAAAGCAUCGUCUGUAUCAGCGCCGCUCCAGCAGGGUCAUGAGGAGGCGGGGCUAAACGUCGAGUGUCGUAUCUGUGGAGACAAAGCAUCAGGAUUUCACUAUGGUGUUCAUGCCUGUGAGGGCUGCAAGGGUUUUUUCAGAAGGACUAUUCGUAUGAAGUUGGAAUAUGAGAAAUGUGAACGGAGCUGUAAAAUCCAAAAGAAAAGUCGGAAUAAAUGUCAGUUCUGUCGUUUUCAGAAAUGCCUGAUGCUUGGAAUGUCCCAUGAUGCGAUCCGGUAUGGACGUAUGCCCGAGUCGGAGAAGCGUAAACUGGUUGCAGGUUUGUUAGCUGGAGAAAAGAGCUGUCAGAACUCUGGAGGUUCAGAUCUCAAAACCCUCGCCAAACGGGUCAACAACGCCUACCUCAAGAAUCUCAAUAUGACCAAGAAGAAAGCCCGAAACAUCCUGACGGGAAAAACCAACGGCAACCCGCCGUUUGUGAUUCAUGACAUGGACUCACUGUGGCAGGCGGAGAACGGGCUGGUCUGGAAUCAGGUGAUUAACGGAGCUCCCACUAACAAGGAGAUCGGCGUUCACGUCUUCUACCGCUGUCAGUGCACUACAGUAGAGACAGUCCGAGAACUCACAGAGUUUUCCAAAAGCAUCCCGGGAUUUGUCGACCUUUUCCUGAACGACCAGGUGACCCUGUUGAAGUAUGGUGUCCACGAGGCGAUCUUCGCCAUGCUGCCCUCGCUGAUGAAUAAAGACGGUCUGCUGGUGGCGAAUGGAAAAGGUUUCGUCACGAGAGAGUUUCUCCGCAGUCUCCGCAAGCCCUUCAACGAGAUCAUGGAGCCCAAAUUUGAGUUUGCAGUAAAGUUUAAUGCUCUGGAGCUGGACGACAGCGAUCUCGCUCUGUUUGUUGCUGCUAUUAUCCUGUGCGGAGAUCGUCCGGGUCUGAUGAACGUUUCUCAGGUGGAGCAAAUACAAGACAACAUCCUGCAAGCUCUUAAUCUUCAUCUGCAGAUGAAUCAUCCGGAUGCAAGCUUCAUCUUUCCCAGACUGCUGCAGAAGCUCGCAGACCUGCGUCAGAUGGUGACAGAGAACGCACAGCUGGUGCAGAAGAUCAAGAAAACUGAAUCGGAGACGUCUCUUCAUCCUCUACUGCAGGAGAUCUACAGGGACAUGUACUGAGCCCGCUCAUAGUUUACUGACUGACCAAUCACUGUGAACUUUUAUUAUUGUUUUUAUCGAACACUUGGACUUUUACAGGAUCAGAUGAUUUAUUACUGAUCGAUGAUGAACGAAGCUCUGAUCUGGACCUGCAGUGACAUCAUGAGGUUGUGCAGGUCAAAGGUCUGGGAUCAUCAUUGCUGCACGUUGGAUCUGUUCUGCUGUUUCUGCUUUGUUUCGGGUCGGUUUGUGAAUGUCUCUAUAGAGCUUUAAGAGACUCUCGGUCUCUGCAGAUGAACACUGAAUGAUGCCUGUAGUGCAGAAAGAUGUUUGGUUUUUCUUGGGUCCAACAAAUGUUUUUUUUUAAUUCAUGGCGUGAAUGGACCUUCAUUCCUGCUAUGAGAGAUCAAAACACAGAGACACAAGAACAACAGAAUGAAGAAUAUAUCAUUACUGACUAACAACCUCUAACACAUUAUGAAAUAAUACUGUGAUUAUAUUCAGAUAAAUCAUGUUUAUAUUCAUUAUUUAAUCACUGUUUAUUAGUUUCUCACAGCUGACUGAAUGAUAUUCAGACUUUUACAGGAGCUCCUGUGCUGAAUGAACUGAAUGAAAGAGCAACACAUCUACUGUAUUAACUGUAAACUUUUAUAUUACAGACCUCAUGUAUUUGUGUCAUAUCAGUGCUGCUAAUUCCUCAUACUGAUGACUCUACUGCAGAUCAAAUUUGCUCAUGUCUGUAGGUCUGAGAGGAGGUUUAAGAGGAUUGUUUAAUCUUUAUGAACGCUUGACCAUCACACAACUGUGACUUGAUGAGCUGCAUCACAGACUGCUGAUGUCUUCUACUCAUCAGAAGAACAUUCAAAUAAAAAUACUGAGUAAACUCACAGGACAUUCAGCUGUGCUGUUUCAUGAAUUUGAAGAAGCAGGGCUGCCCAAUCAUUUGGGGGUGUUUUUAGGGUUGUUUGGAAAUUUUUGAGGGUUUGGGGUGUUUCUCAGGGUUGUGUGUUUCUCAGGGUGGCCCGGGGUGUUUCUGAGGGUUGCUUGGGGUGUUUCUGAUGGUUGCCCUGGGGUGUUUUUGAGGGUGGCCCGGGAUGUUUCUGAGAGUUGGCUCGGGGUGUUUCUGAGUGUCCCCCGGGGUGUUUCUGAGGGUUGCCCCAGGGUAUUUUUGAGGGUGGCCAAGAGUGUUUUUUGAGAGUUGGCUCAGGGUGUUUCUCAGGGUCGCUUGGGGUGUUUCUUAGGGUGGCCCGGGGUGUUUCUGAGGGUCACUUGGGAUGUUUCUGAGGGUCGCUUGGGGUUUCUGAGGGUCCCUCAGGGUGUUUCUGAGGGUGGCCCGGGGUGUUUCUUAGGGUCACUUGGGGUUUUGGAGGGUCGCUUGGGGUGUAUCUGAGGGUCCCCCAGGGUGUUUCUGAGGGUGGCCCGGGGUGUUUCUGAGUGUCACUUGGGGUGUUUCUGAGGUUCGCUUGGGGUGUUUCUGAGAGUCGCUUGGGGUGUUUCUGAGGGUCCCCCAGGGUGUUUCCGAGAGUUGGCUCGGGGUGUUUCUGAGAGUCGCUUAAAGUGUUUCUGAGGGUGGCCCAGGGUGUUUCUGAGAGUUGGCUCGGGGUGUUUCUUAGGGUCACUCGGGGUGUUUCUAAGGGUCACUUGGGGUAUUUCUGAGAGUUGCUUGGGGUGUUUCUGAGGGUCCCCCAGGGUGUUUCUGAGGGUUGCGCCUGGGUGUUUCUGAGGGUGGCCCGGAAUGUUUCUGAGGGUUAGCUUGGGUUGUAUCUAAGUGUCCCCCAGGUUGUUUUUGGGGGUGACCCAGGGUGUUUCUGAGAGUUGGCGCUGGGUGUUUCUGAGGGUCACUUGGGGUGUUUCGGAGGGUCGCUUGGGGUGUUUCUGAGAGUGGCUUGGGGUGUUUCUAAGGGUCCCCCAGGGUGUUUCUGAGGGUUGUGCCAGGGUGUUGCUGAGGGUGGCCCGGAAUGUUUCUGAGAGUUGGCUUGGGGUGUUUCUGAGGGUCGCUUGGGGUGUAUCUAAGGGUCCCCCAAGGUGUUUCUGAGGCUUGCCCUGGGUGUUUCUGAGGGUUGCCCCAGGGUGUUUCUGAGGGUUGCCUCUGGGUGUUUCUGAGGGUCGCUUGGUGUGUAUCCGAAGGUCGCCCUUUUUUUUUUAGUGUUUCCCGGGAUGUUUCUGAGAAUUGUAUUUGGAGUUGUUUGGGGUGUGUCCUUCUGUAAAGCUCCAUUGCGAGUGUAAAAGUGCUAUACAAAUAAAUGUAAUUAAGAGUGUUUUUGAUGGUUGUAUAAAGUAUUUAUGGGGUUGUUAUUGUGAUUUGGAGUGUUUUGAGGGGUUUUUUUAGGGUCACUUUAGUCAUAUGGGUGUUUUUGAAGGUUGUUUGUUGUGUUUUUAAGGGUAAAUGAUGUUCUUCAUUAAACCUGUGUCCGGUCUGUUGUGUGGAUUUCCUGCUGAACUACAGGUCGUGGACCAGAGUUGGGUUUGAUUUGUUUCCUCUCUGUAGGGUCAGUUAUUCAAGAACUCAUAAACUGAACCUUCAUCAGGGUCACAGGAUAACCCAUGUCAAUCUGAACCAAUUCAAUAAAACACUACAUUAUUCAUAAAACAUGGAGAUAUAUACCACAACAGAGCAUGUACUGUAUGUGUGUGUGUUUUAUGGGUGGAUCUUUGUGAAGUGCCAGCAGGAGUCUCUCUCUCUCUCUCUCUCUCCCUCUCUCUCUGUAUGUUUAUGUGUGUGUGUGUGUGUGUGUGUGUGUGUGUGUGUGUGUGUGUGUGUGUGUGUGUGUGUGUGUGUGUGUGUUAUGUGAUCUGCAGAUGUUGUAUGAACAAUGUGACCCCAGGGCAGCAAAACUCGUCCUCUCUCUCUCUAUUGUGUGUGUUCUGUGAGAUUUCCGUGUCUCACCGUGAGUCUGAAUUCAUCGCUUCAUCUCACGCUGAGUCUGAGCUCAAAACAAACUCGUUUCCAACAGGAAUCAGUCACAUGAUAUCAUGACAGAGAUCAUUCACAGAUGGAUGAAUCGGGGCUGAAUGAACUUCACCCUAAACCAGAAUGAUGAUGAUGAUGCUGUUUCCAUGUCAGAUGCAGGUCUGUGCCAUCAACGCCGUUCUGCUCCGGACGAACCCAGGGAAGAUUCAGUGGAGGG